CUCUCUGCCAUAAGUUAUUUUCUUUACAAUAGGUGAGAAUGACACAGAUGGAAAAUUCAGUCAACCUCUUAGAGAGAGGUAUGGAAUUUCAAGAUUCAGAAAGGUCUUCCAAGAAGCUAUGGGUCAUUUGUGGAAGCAUAGUGUUUGGUCUGUCAAUGCUUGCUUCUAGUAUUUAUUUCUUCCUUCAUUCUAAGGCUCCGGAUAAUUGUUGGGCUCGAGCAGUUUUAGACACCAAGACAACAGCAACUGAGACAAAUGUCUGGAAUUGGCUUAAUCCUUCCACUUGCUUUAAGGGAAGUAGCAAUCAGACACUGAUGAUCACCAAGGAAGGUACCUACUUAGUUUAUGUCCGAAUGAAGAGAAAACGCAAGGACCACGUUCCCUUUGCAAUUCAACUGAAGAAGGGAAAUGAUAUUCUAAGACAAAAGCAAUCCGAAGAAGACACUAUCGAUCUUUUGGAAAUCUGUCACUUUAAUGAGAGUGAUAAAAUCAGUUUCACCUUGAAUGGUAACCAUUUUGAGAACAUUGAGAAAAAUCCCACUCAGACUUUUUGGGGGAUUUUGCGCCUGCCACCUCACACUCCUACGACCUAA